AUGUUGUCGACUGAAAAAAUCCUCCAAAAGAUUCUCAAUCUGUGUGAUAACUGCCCCGGACUUCGAGAAGGGACUCGCCACGAUUUGAUCUUCAAAGCAUUCUCAAACGCUCCAGUUGCUAACAACGACGGGAUGUGGCCAUCAGUAAACACAACUCUUGAUGCCGCAUUUGGUAAAGAUUGUGUUGUACAAAAUAUAUCAAAAGGGCCCUUGGGGCUUCCGAUGGUGGUUGAUUGGGUCCGAAAAGCUGAAAAGCAUCCCACAUGGGACCUUAAUGCUGAAAUGCUUAUCAACAUCAAGCUGGAUAACAUUGUAACUGCGCUCAAAGCUGCGGGGGCUGAAGACCAAUCCGAUCCAAAGCUCAGCAACAAGCGCCGAUUAGUAUUCGACCCAGAGACGUCCAACGAAACUAGGCCUCCAGUCAAGCAACCCAGAACGGCGUGUCCUGACAAAUCAACUGCCAUCGAAUCCAAUGUCAUCAUCUUGUCCUCUGACGAUGAAAGUAAUGUGCAGAAAAUUCAAGGUUCCAAGAAUCAAAAGCAUCAUACGAAGAACACAAAUCGAUGCAAGGUGGAGAAAAGUCCUGGUGGUAAAAAUCUUUCAUGUCAUUGUGGUGCAAAAACAAUCUGGCUUGGCAAGGGUCGUGUUAGAUCAGCAGAAGCUCACUGGGCCACUGAUAUUUGCAAAGACAAGACAAAAAACCUCAAGAACAAUACUCAGUUAACUUCUUAUUUCAAAAGUACAACGGCCCCCAAUCCUAAUAAUUUGAUCUCGGUGGCUUGUCCGGGACUCAACGACGAAACAUGGGAAAGACCAAAAGCUACACAAUCAAUUGCCGAAUUUCUCUCCAAGACCUUCAGCAUCUAUCGUGGAAACCACCAACAUGAAAUAUGCAGGGAGAUUUUUGGACAGGACGCUCAAGAGCAUAAGUUGACAAAGGAACAAAAAUCUCAAUUGAUUGCGACGUUAGACGCUCGAUCGAAAUGGCAAGUCAAGAGGCACGGAGAGCGGAGUGCGAUCUACUCGAGUGACUGCAAAAGGACAUUUGUUUGUAAGAAAACCGACAAGAACCCUGUAUGUAGCGCUUGUCAAGAAAUCAAGGAGCUCCGUAGCUUGUUAAAAGCUCUCAAUGUGAAGUAUGCGGAAGAUGAUGAUAUGAAGUAUUCUCGAAAUAACUAUAUGUCCGAUAACAACAACGCCUUUUCGCCCACAGCGUUGAAAUUAUCUGAUUGUCGCCUCCUCAAAACUUCAAUUGAAAGUGCUUCAAAAGUUCUGAAGGAUCUUGGCUAUUCGGGUCCGAUUGCAGCUGCGUCUGAUCAAACUGUCUGUGUCAAGCGUCUUCGCCAUUAUAAUGGCUUUUUGGUAGGAGCUCAAGGAGGCGAUAUCCCUUUCAGCAAUGCUUCUGAGCUUCCUGAACUUGUGAAAUCAGUUUUCAAGAACAAACAGCUCUGCUCCAAAGAGACAUCGAACGAUAUAUUAGAAGGACACAAGAAGUUCCUGGAAUUAUCUCGCGAAGCAGGGAUCAAUAUCCUUUCGAUUGGUGCAGAUGGUGCACCACCCGAACUUUCUGCUCAAGCUUCACUUGUUGAUACAGCCACCCAAUACUUUACUUACUCAAACUCAACUUACGAUGUCCAUAUUAAGCUCCCUCUCGUUGGCCAUCCUCCACGACCUGUGGUUAUGGUUCAAGACCCUAAACAUGCUCGUAAAACAAGUGCAAAUCAGUUAGCCUCCGGAGCUCGUCUGCUCACGAUUGGAAACUAUCACAUCUCAAUACAACAACUUGCAGCAAUCCUCCAGUCGGGCCGCAGUCUACUUCUUCAUAGGGAUGUAUUCGACUGCGACAAGCAAGAUGAUGGGCGAGCCUUCCGCACCUUGAGCUCAUCGACACUGGCGGUUUCACUCGCCGACAAAGAUAUGCUGGGUUUGUCUAUCUACCUGUACGUCGCUGGAGAGAUGUGUGACACCUGGUUAAACCGGUCAAUCGGACAUCGCGAGCGUAUUCGAUCGGCGUGGACUGCCGAGUUCUUCUUCAGGCACUGGAAGAACUUCAAGAUAUUUUCAACUCUUGCAACGUCCCUUCUCCAACUCAUCAUAGCUCAUCGAGAGUUCUAUCCGAACUGUCCUCUGCUUCCAUGGAAACAUGGCAGUGAACCCUGUGAGCAUGGCUUUGGCUGGAUGCGUGUGCUAUCGCCGCAAUUCACUGUGCUAGAUGCUAGGAUGAUGAUGCCUAAGUUACAUCUUAUUGUGAAAAAUAUCAUGUCAGGAAAAAUGAAAAUACCGCCAUCUGAACAUAUUCAUUCCGGCUACCAAUAUGCAUUCUGCGAUGAACCCGACAGUGAUAACCUCAAGAUACUUACCAAAUUCCCAACUGAUAUUGAGAUAUCAGAGGAUCUGAAGACUGCAUAUGAACGAGCUAACCACCUUGUCACAAUCUCUGGAAUGGGUUCACUCACAAGUCUGAUUUGUGACACUCCAGACGUAGAUCUGGAGGAAUCGUAUGAAAACUCGCCUGAAAACUUGUCAGAUGUAUCAGUCUGCGCCACUCAGCUCUAUGAUAUAGAGUAUAGAUACAAAGUGGGUAGUUGUCCCGAAAAGGAAGUGCUUGAAGCAGCUGCAAACUUGACCAAGGAACAAAACGCUAUCAACCUCUUUCUUGAAACCUUGCCCGAAGAUUCUGAAAGUGAAAGCUUGAAAAACGCAGCUAUGUGUAUAUCAAACCUCCUCAAUCCAGCCCCUGAUCAUCACCCAAUCUUUGCCUCCAAGAGUGAUGUAGCAAUUGGGCCUUUAGUCAUCAACAACGAGCUCAUUGGUUCCACUCUCAUAGCUAUUUGA